CAGAAGAACUUUGAUUUUUAUAUAACAUAUGAUAGGAUGGGUCAACAAGUUCGUCGACAAUUACUCACAAUCAGUAGCUGUUAUCAAGUUUAACAGUGAUACCCAGUUGUUUUCGUGGAUUCAUUUUAUAUCAGUCAGUGCUACGCGCUCGCCAGAGCAACACUCAAAUGUCACCUGUCAACCAUCACGAUAAUUUUGACAGAUCAUCCGAAAAUUCUGAAUCAUUACAAUGGAACGAUUUGCGGAAAUUGUGCCACGUCAGCGUGGAAUAUUUCACGUCUCAUCGUCUUAAAAACAGUGAUAGAAUCAAGGCUGCGCUGCUGGUGAUUUUGCAGCAGCUAGACGAAUUGCAGCCGCUUUACAACGAAAUAGCCAAAUACGUGUCAUGCUUCGAUUUCGACGAGACGACUCCGGGAAAUGGAUACAGAAGUUUCCUCUUGAUGAUCGACAAAAGUAUCGUGCACUCCGAACAGGUUUGCCAAAAGAUGUAUCGUCAGAAAGACUCAUUAUUAUUCCGAGAGAGUCAUCAUACGAAGGAAGUAGAAGCAUGUUCCCAGCUAUUGAUAUCGUUACAAAUAUAUUUCCCAUAUUUAAAAAUAUUGUAUAAAUGGAGCAGCCAAGAAAUAAUGAACGAUGGAAAACCGCCUCUGAUAAUAACAAACCACAGUUCUCAAGAAUUUCUCGGUCUGAUAGAACAUAUUAAUCAACAUUGUUUCUACGGCAGAUGUGUAGGAUUUCAGUUUUGUGAUAGUAUGAAAACAGUUAUAAAAUUAAUAGUGUCACUUACGGCAGCUUAUAGCGAAAUAUAUUAUAAUAAUGAUACAAUACUAAGACGAUGCAUUAAUUACAUAAAAUAUUUCUUGGAUCCUGAAGCGACAGCAAGUCGUCUUGUCAACAUAUCUCAGUAUGCUGAUAUUUAUUUUACAAAAGAAUACUGGUCCCUGCUCGAAAUGAAAAUAUUGUACAUAUUAUAUCCCUCGUUGGCUGUCAAUCAACAAAUAUGUAUUCCACCCGAGGAAAUAAUUUUGCCUACUUUCCAUGGUGAAACUGUGUCAAUUCCAAUACCAAAUAGCUACAUUGGAAAGAAGUCGAUAAAUCUUAAAUUGCUGAGUUUCAAACGACGCGUAGGAAUGAUCGGAUCUGGAAGCGUAGGAGAAGAGUUAUAUAAUCCAUGCGACAGUUUAAUUAUUUAUAUUCAUGGAGGCGGAUUCAUCGCACAGACAUCACAAUCACACGUAAUGUACCUACAUAAGUGGACUAAGAUGCUCGACGUACCAAUCUUGUGCAUAGAUUACAGUUUAGCCCCCGAAGCUCCCUAUCCACGUUCCCUUGAAGAAGCCUUAUAUUCUUACGUAUGGGCGUUAAAUCAUGCGACUAUACUCGGAAGUACAGCGAAAAGAGUGAUACUUGUAGGUGAUUCCGCCGGUGGUGCAUUGUGCUUGCAAAUCACUUUCAGAUGCGUGCAGUUAAAUAUAAGAAAACCGACUGGUAUUUUUGUAGCUUACCCACCAGGGAUCAUCGAUUUUCUUCCAUCGCCAUCCCAUAUGUUCUUUUUGAACGAUCCGUUCUUAUUGGUCGGUACCAUAAUACGAAUCUUAAAGGCUUACGUGGGAACUGAUAGAGACACAUUUACGGAACAUGAAAAUGAAGAAUGGGCCAAAUUGGAUGCAGAAAACUCUCCUGCGGAAGUGAAUAAAAAUGAACUUACAGCAAUGCAUUUAAACGAAAACAGCGCAAAAAAUAUAGUAUCUUUUCCAUCUAACUCAACAUUAAAUUCUGUCAACUCAAGAGAAGUCGAUGGACAAAGUGACAAAUUAUGCUCUCCGUUCAGAUGGUUCCUCGAUCGAAGAAACAAUAAAAAUAUUAGACAGCUUGAUACAAAGAAUGCGAAAACUCCUUUGGAAGAAUUUGAAUGUAUGAUACUGAAGGAGGAUCUGUUUAUAAGUUCUUGCCUUGUAUCAGACAAUAUAUUAAUCAAUUUUCCGCCAACAAAAAUAAUGGCGGCACAAUUUGAUCCUUUUCUCGAUGAUUGCGUCACUUUUGCGAGAAGACUUCGCUCUCUCGGCAAUAACGUUACAUUGGAUAUAAUACCAGAUAUGCCGCAUGGAUUUUUAAAUUUAAUUAAUGUUUCGAAAGAAGCGAGAGAAGGCAUGAAACUCGCUGCUAGAAGAAUAAAAGAAUUGUUGGAGUUAUAAUUGUGUAAUAUGAAAAGUUUUUUGUUAAGAUGUAUAUUAAUACAAAAUAAACAUUUUUUUAUAUUGUA